AUGAACUCGAUCCGCCAAACCCAAGCGCUCAACAAGCGCGAACUCGAAGCUGCCGUCCCCCCUUCCGCCUCGUGGCACGCCGACUACCGCGACACCGCCUACAUCUACAUCGGCGGCUUCCCCUUCGACCUCUCCGAGGGCGAUCUCCUCACCAUCUUCAGCCAGUAUGGCAACCCGACACACCUCAACCUGGUCCGUGACCGAGAGUCGGGCAAGAGCAAGGGUUUCGCGUUCCUGAAGUACGAGGACCAGCGGAGUUGUGAUCUGGCGGUGGAUAAUCUAGGGGGUGCGCAGGUGUUGGGGAGGCUGUUGAGGGUGGAUCAUACGAGAUAUAAGAAGAAGGAAGGGGAGGAUGAGGAGACGUGGAGGGUGGAGAGGUGGGAGGGGGAGGGGGAUGGGAAUGGGGAUGUGGUGAAUGGGAAUGGCAAGAGGAGUAGUAGUGGAGAGGAGAUGGAGGAUGAUGAUGGGGAGAAGAAGAAGAAGCGCAGGAAGAGAGGCAUGAUCAAGGAGGAGCGGGAGCUGGAGGAACUACUACGGAUCAAGGAGGGCGAAGAGGAGGAUCCUAUGAGGCAGUACUUGAUUGAGGAGAAGAAACAAGAGAUCGAAAAGGCUUUGGCUAGGAUUGAGAAGAAAGAGAGGCGUCACCACACCGAGAUGAUUUGGACGAGAGACGGGCCCAUCGGCACCGCCAUCGUGAGGAUAAAGACCGGGAUCACAGAAGCAGAAGAAAGGAUACCGAUGAGAAAGAUAGACACUCCCGCCAUCAACAGCGGAGACAUGUUUCCAAUGGUCAAUCCUCGACGUCGAGAAGUUCAAGCAAGAGACGCAGACCUCGAGACAGGUCGGAUUCGAGGUCGAGAAAAGGCCGGCCAGCAGAGAGGCACCGCUCCCGGAGCAGUAGAAGGAACCCCGAGUAUGAUCCAUCCUCACGCUCGCGCUCACGUUCACGUUCACGUUCACGUUCACAAUCCUUUUCGGAAGAGCGAAGGCGAGAUCGCAGGUGAGACAAAAGGUAUGAAGAAGCGCCUUUUCCAAAACUAG